CCGGAUCACAUCGAAUGUCUCUUUUUAGGGAGGCUCUUCAAAGACUUUCGAUUUCUCGAACGAGCGACUUGCGAUCAAGAAGCCGAAAGAAAGCGAAGUACCUUUACCUGUAUACUCCCAAGUUUUUCCGGCGUGCUUCGUUUAAGUAAGGGGGGCCACAUCGCACCAAGACUAUGCGACUCGUUCAUGCCCUCAAAAUAAACACUUGUCGCAGUCAAAAACAGCCAGAGGCAUUCCAUUGAGAAUGCCCGCCUAUCGCUUUGUCAAUUGUCGUUUGUGCAAAAAUGGCGAGUUGUUGUCAACUCCAUUGACCGUCAGUGAUUAUGGCUAUAUUAUACCUAACAAUCCUGUUCCACCGGAGAUCCUCGAGGUAGAUCUCAACAACGCCAUCAUUGCUCCUGGCUUCAUUGAACUCCAGACCAAUGGUGCCCUUGGUUUCCACUUUGCGAACUUCACGGACUCCGCAACUUAUAAAGCAGGGUUGGGAACUCUUGCGCAAUACCUCCCAGGUACCGGCACUACCUGGGUAUUCCCACAACAUCACUCCAAUUACAGUCUUUGCUAAAUCUUGUGGAUUUUAGAGCCUUCUUCCCGACUGUACCUACCGUCCUAGACGGUGUCUUACACAACGUCCUUCCGUUGUUAAAACCAGCUGAGCGACCAGAUGCAGCCUCCAUCCUCGGUGCUCACGUAGAAGGACCAUUCAUUGCCAUCUCUCGAUGCGGAGCCCACGACCCCGAGAAAAUGCAAGCACCAACUAAUUCAUCUCUAGAGAGCAUCUAUGGAAAAGCAAACCUCAUGCAAUCCAUUAGAUUGGUAACAUUAGCACCCGAAUUGCCAGGAGCUCUGGAUUACAUCCGCAAUCUAACCAAGUACAACAUAGCCGUCUCAAUGGGCCACUCAGCUGCAACCUACGACGAAGGGGUUGAGGGUAUGCAGGCUGGCGCAACACUUUUGACCCAUUGUUUCAACGGCAUGAAUCCUCUUCAUCACCGUCAACCCAGUCUUCCAGGUGGGUAGUCGGACUUUGCUCUUGAAUUAACAAAGCGUUGAUGUUGGGUUUUCAGGGUUGAUAACAACACGAAAUCCGCCAUACUUUAGUAUCAUCGCAGAUUCCAUACAUCUCCAUCCGCGAGUUGUAGCUAUGGCCUACCGCUCUUCGCCAAGCCACUGUAUACUUAUUACUGAUAGUAUCGAGUGAGCAACACCUCCCUUUUCCUUGCUGCGUUUUCCUCGGACUGAUCCCAUAUUCCUAAACUCCCUGUUGGCCAUUUCUUCCGGACACCCUCCCAAAACCCGCAUUUCAACCCGCAAAAAAGCUAACCUCCUCCUGCGUCUAGACUUUCAGGCCUUCCGGACGGUCUCCAUCCAGGACAUGCUCAGAUCCCAGGCCGGCAACGAAAGAUUGGCAAUAAAGUUGUCCUUGAAGGAACGGAUACUCUGAUAGGAACUUGCAUAACUCUCGACGAAUGCGUUCGCAACCUAAUGGACCUGGCUGAUAUCCCUUUACAAAAAGCCGUUCGCUGCGUCACAGAGAACGUCGCUGAGGCCGUGGGACUAGAGGACAGGUAAAAUAGAGGUUGGGAGACGAGCAGAUUUUGUGAUUUUGGACGAGGCGGGGAUGGUAGAACAGACUUGGGUUUUGGGGAAGAGGGUUGUUUGAUACGGUAGAUUGAAUGUGGACGCGAGAUAGUGUGGGGGUUGGAAGAUUGUUACGUAUGGUAUAGGAGUAUUCGGGCAAGAGGGCGAGAAGGGGCAAAGGGAGGGUAGUGUUGAAGAGCUGCAAAUUGUCAUUGCUGAAUUGUUAUCUGGUGAGGUUCUACGAGCUAUGCUACGCUCAGCGAGACACACAGCAUUUCUUAUUAUUCUCUCGUAUUAGUUUAAUGAUACGUUUCCAGUAUAGGUUAUAUUUCCUAUAGAAAAUUAAGGAGAACCUGGAAAACGUAUAAAUACCUAGGUUUUAAUAUAUUCG